AUGGCUUUUGUAGGAAUUCUAAGAGAAACCCACAAAAUCUUCUCCAAAAAUGGAAGGCUAAUGGCCUACAUUGCCCUUCUCACCCUCCUCAUCAAGUCUACUCUUUUCCUGUCCAACUUCUUCUCCAUCAAGCCUGUGAUCACUGACUUCCUCUUCGAGCAUAACCUCCUCCGCAUCACUACUCCUGAAAACCCAGAAUUUACCAACAUCCUCACCCAUAUAAGAAAAGACAUCAAAAUCAUUUUUGGGGUCGAAAUCAUUUACAUUAUUCUUGAUUCCGUUGCCUUCUUACUGUCUGGUACUGCCACGAUCCUUGUCGCCGUUAUAACCCACGGCGGCAAGAAAGAUGACUUAUCGUUGAAAGAUGUGCUGUUGAGAACUGCCAGGUCAUGGACAAGGCCACUUAUUACUUGGUUAUAUAUAUUUCUUUUUUGUCUGGUUUAUAUCUUUCUUUUCAUGGCAGUUCUCUCUCUCGUAUUAUUGACCGUACAUAAUAAUCCUGCUACCUUUGCUUUUGCUGCCAAUUUUAUUGGCGUUUCUGCUGUAUUUUUCUACAUAUACCUCUCUGUAACAUGGAUUCUAGCGAUUAUUGUUUCAGUUGCUGAACAGAAAAGAGGACUUGAGGCCCUCGGAAAGGCUGCUGAGAUUGUUAAGGGCAUGAAACUGCAAGGGUUUCUACUGAAUUUUGCGUUCAGUAUUUCAAGUCUGAUUUUGGUACUAGCGAUAAAGAUGAUUCCGGUGGCUCAUUCACUAGCACUUGAAAUAAUCAUAGCAUUGGUUACUAUAAAUUCUGCGAUCCUGGUGAGGAUGUAUUGGUUUUCUGCUUUCACUGUGUUCUACUACCGGUGCAAGAAGACACAUGGAGAACAAGUAGAAUUGGAAGGAGUAAGCUCAGAUGGAUAUAUUGUGAUACCUACUACUGCUCCUCUUGUAGGCGAUAAUAUACCAUGA